AUGACUUCUUCCAUGGCCUUUCAAUUAGGAGCUUCUUUCUCUUCUUCAUCCUCUUCAUCUCCUUCCAUCCAUCCAUGGAAUCAUGAUGUAUUCUUGAGCUUUAGAGGUAAAGAUGUUCGCCACAAGUUUAUUUCUCAUCUAAAUCGUGCUUUACGUCAAAGUGGAAUCAAGACUUACAUGGAUGGCGUCGACCUUGAAAGAGGAGAACAGAUUUCGUCAGAUCUUUUCAAAGCUAUUGAAGACUCGCAGAUUUCAAUCAUUGUAUGCUCUAAAAACUAUGCAGAAUCCAGAUGGUGCUUAGACGAGCUAUUGAAGAUUAUUGAGUGUAAGAAAAUAAUAAAACAAAUUGUUUUACCAAUAUUCUAUAAGGUAAAGCCAUCGGAAGUACGAGAACAAAAAGGAAGAUUUGGAGAAGGAUUCACUAAACUUGAAAAGAAAAUCAAGAAUGACAUAAAGCUGCUGGAAUCCUGGAAGGAAGCUUUAGAAGAAAUAGCCAAUUUGUCUGGAUUGGAAUAUUUAGCCAUUGGGGAUGCUGAGUUAGAAUUUAUUGUUUUUCUCUUUUUUAUUGAUAGGGAUGAUGAGUCAGAAUUUAUCCAAAAAAUCAUUUUAUGGAUGAAUCCAAAAAUAGUAAACCGAACACCUUUAAGCGUUGCCAAGCAUCCAGUUGGGAUAGAGUCUCGUAUACGAGACAUUUAUCAACGUUUGAGUAUCAAAAGGAAUGAUAUAAUACGCAUGGUAGGGAUAUUCGGAACCGGUGGAAUUGGUAAGACAACUAUUUCAAACGAUAUUUAUAACCAGAUUUCUUCUCAAUUUGAAGGAAGUUGUUUCUUGAGAAAUAUUAGAGAAACUUCAAAACAAGCAGGAGGCUUGAUUCAGCUGCAAAAUACACUUCUUUUCGAGAUCUUAGGAACAAAAUUAGAUAUUAAUGAUGUUGAUAGAGGAGUCGGUGUAAUUUGGCAUAGACUUCAAUCUAAAAAGAUUCUACUAAUUCUUGAUGAUGUGGAUGACAUGGUCCAAUUAGAAAAAUUAGCUGGAAAUCGUGCUUGGUUUGGUUUAGGAAGUAGAGUCAUCAUAACAACAAGAGAUCAACAUAUACUAGAUAACUCUAAAGUUGAUUCAAAAUACGAGGUGAUGACUUUGGAUGACACUGAAGCUCUUCAAUUGUUUAGCUUGUAUGCUUUCGAGGAAAAAGAACCGUUGAAGGAUUAUGUGGACCUCUCUAAACAAGUAACAAAAUAUGCUCAAGGUCUUCCACUAGCUUUAACAGUGCUAGGUUCGGAUCUAAAAGGUCAAAGUAUACAUCAAUGGAAAAGCGCAUUGGAUAAGUAUAAAAACAUUCCCAACCGAAAUAUUCAAAGAGUACUUCAAAUAAGUUAUGAUAGUUUGGAAGAUAGUGAGAAAGACAUGUUUCUCGAUAUUGCAUUUUUCUUUAAGGGAAAACCUUUGGCUAAUGUCAUGAAAAUAUUUGAUAGUUGUGGUUUUUUUCCGAUUCAUGGUAUCCAGAGGCUUAUAGACAUGUGUCUUAUUACUAUUAAACGGGAUAACGAUGAAUAUGUUUGGAUGCAUGACUUGCUCCAAUAUAUGGGUCAAGAAAUUGUCCGAGAAAAAUCAUCCAAAGAUCUUAGCAAACGCAGUAGAUUGUGGUUUCACGAGGAUGUUCGUCAAGUGUUCGAAGAAGAUAUGGGGUCAAACCAAAUUGAAGGCAUAAUAGUAGAUUUACCUGAAGGUGAUGAGAAAAUAAGCUUACAUCCGGAAGCAUUUCGACAUAUGAAAAGCCUUAGGGUCUUUAUAAAUCAUAAUGCACGUUUUUCUCAUGGACCUAAUUAUCUUUCCGACAAGUUACGAGUCCUUAAUUGGUAUAACUAUCCUUUUCCAUAUUUGCCACAUAAUUUUCAAGGGAAGAAUCUCAUUGUCUUUAAAAUGCGUGAUAGCAUCAUCAAGAAGUUAGGGGACGGAUUCAAGCCCAAGAAUUUGACGAUCAUGGCUUUCAAGUUUUGUAGUCACUUAACAGAAAUUCCAGAUCUUUCAAGCACUUCUAAUUUGAAGAAAUUGACUGUCAAAUCUUGUCACAGACUAGUUAAGGUACAUAAUUCCGUUGGAUUCCUAGAAAAGCUUUUUAAUCUGACUUUUCAGAGAUGCUCUAAACUCCGAAUUCUUCCAAGAAGCCUUAAGUUGAGAUCUUUACACAUGCUUAAUCUUAAUGAUUGCUCAAGCCUUCGUGAUUUUCCUGAAAUCGAGUGCAAAAUGGAAUCUUUACGUAUAUUGGUUCUAUAUGGCACUGCAGUAGAAGAACUACCUUUAUCCAUCGGGAAUCUCGUUGGGCUCCAGUAUUUACAACUAUUGAAUUGCAAAAACCUUAUGCGUCUCCCAAUUGCUUUGAUCCAGUUGCAACAUUUAGGCUUGCUUUUUGUUGGUGGUUGUACAAAUAUUGUAAAGAAGAUGAGGGAUGAGGGACAAUCCCUUGAUCUACCUAAUAAUUCUACAAUGGAAGACAAUAUAUCAAACUCAAGCAAUGGGAGCACUGCAUUACAAGUAUCGAAUCUUCAAAGUAGUUGUUUCCAUUCAGAAUCAAAUUUCUUUCCACUAUAUAGUUUCUUUACCAUGUUUAAUUCCUCGGCCAGUUUGGGUAUGUUAGAUCUAUCGAAGAUUGAAAUUGUUAGCCUUCCCACGAGCAUCAAAGAAUUUGUUAAACUAACUAUUCUUUACUUGCGCGAUUGUGAGAAACUUGAAGAAAUAUUAGAGCUUCCACCAAAUAUAAUAGAAGUGAAUGUCAAGGGAUGCAAGUCACUAGAAAGAUUUGGAGAAGUAUCAAAAAUAUUGAAAUUCAAUGGAAGCCACAUUAGAUCGCUACGAAGUAUUGAUUUGAGAGGCUGCGACAAAAUGCAUUUGAAUAUAUGGAAUGAUAAAGUGCAAAACCCUUUAUUGUGUAAGGGACUUUAUGAUUAUGAUGCUACUUUGUUGCGGGAAAAUCAUAUUCCAGACUGGUUCAGUUAUGUUCAUGAGUUUUUAAAAGAUAAUGAAAUGGUGAAGGUGCCUAGUGCUGAUGUCCGACCGAGGAAAAAAAAAAGAUGGGUAAUAGAUAUUGAGGGGCCGCAUUAUUUGGAGGAGAUAAGCGGAAUUGUAUUAUCUAUUGUAAUAUUUUUUAAAGAUACUUCGAGCUGUGAGAGAAUUAUUGGUGAUGCUAAGAUAACUAGUAACGGCUCAAAUCAUGUAUGCCUUAUUCAAGAAGGGGUACGAUUGGUUAAUAUCGAUUGGUUCAAAAAGGGAAAUACGACUGAAUAUGCUGUAUGGGUGGGGUACUCCAAUUUACAAUCCUUUGAGCUAAAAGUUUUGGACAAUUUGCGAGUUCAAUUUUAUCCCAAUCAUCGUCAUGCUGGGAUGGUGCCGUUUUAUGAAAGUUACAGAGCCAAAGUGGUAUACAAGAAUGAAAGGAGAGCAAAUAAAAAAAGAAAAAUAGAUGAAGCCAAUGAUGUUGGAAAAACUCCUGAUCAACAGCAAUUCAAUAAAUGA